UUUAUUCUAUGUACAUACUUUUUUUCCUUUCUCUUUCUUUCUUUUCUUUUCUGUUCUUUUCUUUAUAUUAUAUCUUUUCAUUGCAAUUUUUUUUCCUUUUACAACGUUUGAAGAAACAUAUACCAAGUUUUGGAAAAAACCUUGCCCUUUCUUUUAAAAAAGAUUCCUUUGUGGACUUGAUGAUAAGCGUUUCAAACAACUUUCAGACACCAUAAUUUCACCUCUUCCGACAACCUCUCCUAUUUUUUUUCUCGCCGUCGUUUGCAGGCCAGGCCGAUUCCUCACCGCAUCUAUUUUCUCUAUCACAUUCUCUUUAUCCAUAUCAUCUCUCCAGAUAAGUGAAUUGCGAACUCUCAGUCUACUCGAAAACCCUACCUUUCCGCUUCGCAUCCGUUUCGUUUUAUCUCGAAAGUUACUUGAUCGGGCUUGUAUUCGUAAACACAGAAAGUAUACUGAGACUGAAGAUGAAGACUGCUUGAUCUUAGAACUUUGCUCUUAAUUGAGAAUUCUUGGCAAAAGCUUGCUGGAAAUAUGAAUCUUCUAUGAGUUUCCCAAAGUUAUGCUGACUUGGUGUCAAUAUAAGACAAACAAUGGAUGAAUCAAGUGGCAUUUAUACAAGCAUCACAUAGCCAUCUGUUUUCAACCAAUUGUCAAAUUUUGUUGAAACUUCUGAAGGAACAGUUAUGCUUGGGUUUAUCUGUUUUAGUAUUCCUUAGUUUUCGCAACAAUGAUCAUUUGAUCAUUUGAUGCUUCGAACACAAAUAAUUUUCUCCAUUCUGUCUAAUGGAUACAAAAUCGAAUAAACUUGAGUAAACUGUUGUUGCUGAACUGGAAAACAAGUUUGCUGAUGUAAACCAAUAUUAUCUCUAAACUGGAACUGGAUCUUGACCUGAUUCUGGAAAUCCAUUUGUUGAUUAAGGAAUCACAGUAAUCAAAUAGUGUGGAUGAACAUUCAUAAGUUACUUCGUGGCAACGUUCCUUUGGAAGUGGAUACUAAUAAUACUAUUGCUUUAAAACUUGAGCCAAGUUUUCAUGGGACAUCAAGUCAAGUAAAACAUCCACAGGCCCAGCCCAAUACUGGUGUGGGCCGGGAUAGAAGGUCCAAUAGUCAUUGUCUAAGACAAGGGUCAGAAGAGAAUUGGAGCUCUAGUGGGACAAGUGUCUUGGAUCAAGAACAGUCAGCAGUUGAUGAUGCAAAUCUUUGUUCCACAUCAUCAAUUUGUGCAGCACCUAUAUGUCGCCAAUUUUGGAAAGCUGGAGUCUACAAUGAUCAUAUUACUCCUAAGUUUGCAACUCAAUCUGGUUCGAGUUAUCUACAUAUACACCCAAGAUUUCUUCACUCAAAUGCUACUUCUCAUAAAUGGGUUUUUGGUGCUGUUGCAGAGCUAAUUGACAAUGCUGUUGAUGAGAUACAAAAUGGAGCCACCUAUGUACUUAUAGAUAAAACCUUAAAUCCAAGAAAUGGAAGUUCAGCACUAUUAAUUCAAGAUGAUGGAAAUGGGAUGGAUCCAGAAGCAAUGCGCCGAUGUCUAAGUUUUGGAUUUUCAGAUAAGAAGUCAAUAUCAUCGAUUGGAAAGUAUGGAAAUGGCUUCAAGACCAGUUCUAUGAGGCUUGGAGCUGAUGUAAUAGUUUUCAGCCGAAACACAACCAACAGUAAAAUGACCCAGAGCAUUGGCCUUUUAUCAUACACAUUUUUGACUCGGGAGGGCUAUGACAAAAUAGUAGUUCCAAUGGUCCACUAUGAAUUCAACUUCAUUACAGGCUCUUUUAAUUCCCUGCAAUCAAAAAGCAAUGAGAACUCUAAUCUUAAUCUCUCAAUGCUGCUGCGAUGGUCUCCAUAUUCAACAGAAGAGAAACUGCUGCAACAAUUUGAAAAUGUUGGUUCUCAUGGCACCAAGGUCAUUGUAUACAAUCUAUGGCUCGAUGAAGACAAGAAUUUGGAGCUUGACUUUGAGUCAGAUCCUGAGGAUAUUCGUAUUACUCGGGAUGCACAUGGGAAAAUAAAAGAUGGUUCUCGUCAAGCAGCAAGUGAACAACAUGUUGCCAACCGACUCCGUUAUUCUCUCCGGGCAUACUUAUCCAUCCUGUACUUGAAAUUACCAGAAACUUUUGCAAUAGUGUUACGUGGGAAAGUCGUCCUUUAUCAUAACGUCUCUAGAGAUUUGAAGUACACAGAAUUUAUUAUUUACAAACCUCAAAGCACAACUGUUGAGGUUGUUACAACAAUAGGGUUUAUCAAAGAGGCUCCAGUUGUGAAUAUCCAUGGAUUUAAUGUGUACCACAAAAAUCGUCUGAUAUUGCCAUUUUGCCCUGUUGUUAGCUUUGGUGCAAACAGAGGGAGGGGCGUAGUCGGUGUUCUUGAAGCAAAUUUUAUAGAGCCCACUCAUGAUAAACAAGAUUUUGAGAAAACAUCUCUUUUCCAGAAACUUGCUCAACGCUUGAAAGAAAUGACAUGGGAGUACUGGGAUUACCAUUGUGGACUGAUUGGGUACCAGUUCACAAAAAAAUACAAGCCUUCAUCGUCAUCGUCCACCUCAGCUGCCCCUAUUUUUGUUCAUCACCAUGGUACAGAACAACCUAUUCCUAUGAGGAAUCGUUCCUCUAUUGUUGGUGUGCCUAAAAAUAGACCAAUGGCGAAUGCCAUUGCCAUGUAUAAUAAUAGCAAGCUCACUCUUGAAUCCAAUUCCCUACCCAAACCAGUAGAACCAACCUUCCCUAGAGGUUUCCAACAAGAACAACAUAUUCCUAUGAUGAAAAGCCCUUCUGCUGCUGGCACGACUAUAAACAGGCCAAUGAUGACUGCAGUUUAUAGCAAGGUCACUCUUGGCUCAAAUUCCUUGUCAAAACCAGCAGAACCAAGCUUCCCUAGAGGUUUCCAACAAGAACAACCUAUUCCUAUGAGCAAAAACUCCCCUGUUGUUGGUACGCUUAGAAAUAGGCCAAUGGUGACUACAGUACAUAGCAAGGUUGCUCUUGAAUCAAAUUCGUUGCCAAGAACAAUAGAAACAAGCUUACCUACAGGUUUCCAACAAGGGUCAAACUUGAAAAGGAAAUCAUGUGAUCAACCUACAAUCUUCAAACCAGAGGCUCAGAUUGCAACUGAUUCUAACAAAAGAUCUAAUAUGCCCAACCCCCAAGAGCCAAUAAAUGUGAGAGAACAGAACCGAAAACUUCGAGCCCGAUGCUCAGAAUACGAGAAGACCCAAGAACAACUUAAGCUCAAGGUGAAACAGCUUAAAGUGGAAUUAGAAGAAGCCCAAAAGGAGUAUGUCCGUGUAUUGGAUGAGAUGCUAUGUCUGUAGUAAGUGAAGGGGAAACAAGUAUUUGAUGUGUAAAUGAAGUUUGUAAAGGUAACACGUCUAUUUUCAUUUAGGGCACACUUGUUUUGGAAUAUUCGUUGGAAUCGGAAUCUGAAAUCCAUGGAAAUCCCCUGAUCUGUCCAUUCCUUUUGGAAAUCAAUUGCAAAACACCAAAAUAACCCUCAUUGUAUAUUAGAUAUAUAGAUAGAUAGAAAAUUAUUAUUAUUAUUAUUUCAGUCUCCAAAUAAAACAAGCAAAUAUUUUUCAUUCCAAUGGAACGAACUAUUCCAUUUA